AUGGACUCAACACGCCAUAUAUCCUCCGUUCAGCCUCGCCGCGUCGCGCUCAAAGGUGCCAUCCUCAUCUCAGGAUUCCUCAUAACACCAGAGCAACUCGAGGUUAUCUGUGUAUGCCACGACGUGCCGGAGCGCGAGACGAAAGGCGCCUUGCGCGCAUUCAACGACUACCUCUUAUCUAGACCGGGGACCAAGGGGCUUUUCGUCACUACAACGACCUCACGAGACUACGUCUUCGUUCAGGCCACUACCGUUGUCUUUGACCAGGAGGGAUACGAUCGUAAGGUCGAGAAGAUGGUGGCCUUAGGCCAACAGCAAUAUUUGCAGAGGCUCAAGCCCUGGCUGCCCAGAACGGUCAUGGAGAAUCAUCCGGACCAUUUCAACGUCGAUAGGAUCUACCCCUCUGACGCCGAGUCGGAUAUCUCGGACGGCAGCGACGAUUCCGAGUACUAUGACACCGCGGAUGUGCUCUGGGUAGUGCGUUCUUGGGGCAGCUUGAGCAGUAAGCCACUACCAGACAAUAUCAAGAUUCCUGCGCCAUCCCCCGUAGAUAUAAGGCUCGGUCAAGUUAUCGAGGUUGAAAUUUCGUUGGAGGAUGAGGCUCUGCUCAAGGCCGGUAUGUCUGGAACGGCGUCGAACGCGCUUAAGUCUUCAUCGGCUGUGAAGCACACCGCACAUGGUCACACUAAUGGUGAACGGAAACUACUCCGUGAAUAA